GAAAAAUGAAAGAAAGAAACUUGUUUGUGUGCAUCACUUCAGCAUCGAAUUCAUUCAUUUCUUCACCCAAUCAAUCCAGGCAUAUUCCAAUCCCCUUCCUCUCAACUUCUCCCAAUCCAAAAUUCUACUCGAUUUGAUUCGGAUUUAAUAAUUAUAAUAAUAAUGAUAGAAAACGAGUGUGAAAUCAAGGAGGAGAGAUCAUCGGCGAGCAACAUUCCGAUGGAAAUCUCGAUAGCGGAGGCUUCGUCGAUGUUUCCCGGUUUCCGAUUCUCGCCGACCGACGAGGAGUUGAUUCAGUAUUAUCUGAAGAAGAAGCUCCAAGGCUCCCCCGAUGGCGUCGACGUCAUUCCCGAAGUCGAUAUAUGCAGACAUGAACCUUGGGAUUUACCAGCAGCUCAAUCGGUGAUACAGUCGGACAACGAAUGGUUCUUCUUCUCGCCUCGCGGGAGGAAGUAUCCGAAUGGCUCUCAAAGUAAAAGGGCGACCGUGUCCGGUUACUGGAAGGCGACAGGGAAGGAGCGCAGCGUCAAGUCUGGUUCGACUCAGAUUGGCACGAAGAGGACUCUCGUGUUCCACACGGGCCGAGCGCCAAAAGGGCAGAGGACAGAGUGGAUAAUGCACGAGUACACCACAAGUGAGAAAUCCGAGGAUGCUAUGGUAGUGUGUCGCCUCCGGAGGAAUAAGGAGUUCCAUUUAAACGAAAAUCAAGGGAGCGAUGAAGGGGGGUCCACAGCGGUCGAUAAUAGUGCACCAUCUUUAUCUGGUGUCGAUCAAUCCCCCCUCGUUGAUGGGGCCAAGACCGCAGGUAGUUGUUCCAAGGAUUGUAGCAGCAGCCUCAACUCUCACUCGGUGGAGCAGCUCGACACGGGCUCUGAGUCGGAAGAGAAAGUAACGAACGAAUCCUCUCACCCCGUAGACGAUUGCUACGUGGACAUAAUGAAAGACGACAUAAUCAAGCUCGAUGAAUCUUCGUUCAAGACGGCUCAAGAUGCCCUGUCUGUCCUCCCUUCGCAAGGGACAGCGAACCGGCGCCUCAGGCUCAGGCGGCAUAGAAUGGGAUCUCACGGGACAACGCAUUUCGGGAUAUACGAGCUUGCAACGCAAACCCGCGAAGAUCCAAGCCUAGGCGACAGAUCAUCGCGUACUAGAAGGAUAUCGCUUCCCUUCGUGUUUUUCGUGUUUGUUAUGUUAAUCUCUCUGUUGGUAUUGCUCCUCGGGCGAGACUACAUCCACGGAUCGUAAUGGUACGUGGUGAUGAUCGUAUUCGCUUGGUAUCUACUCGUGUGGCUGUCUUUGCCUGAAUGUUUAUAAAGUUGUUGAAGAAUUUGUGAUCCAAGUUUUGAAAUGUAAAAAAGUGAGAUCAUAUAUGAUGUGUGUAGUUUGUAUCAGUAUGAUGGGGUGAAUUGUAUAGUUUUAUGUUAAUGAAUAGUAUUGGUUUAUUGCUCGAUUA